CCCCCUCCUCUCCCAACUCUUCCUCUGCCUACAGAUCAGACAAAAACUACGGUGAUCCUGUCAACCUCCAUCACCCCGUCUGCCUCCCGCCCAUCCCCUGUCCCAAUUAACGACCCGGCCGUGGGGCCCGCCCUCCUAAACAAUCGCGCAUAAACACAACAACCGUUACCCACCAGAUUGACCCGAGUGACCGCCCCCUCGCAAUGGCAGAAGCCACCCUCCACAACGCGCCCAUCGUCAUCGACAAUGGCAGCGGCACCAUCCGCGCCGGAUUCGCCGGCGAGGAGAUCCCCUCAUGCUACUUCCCGUCGUUCGUCGGUCGGCCCAAACACCCGCGGGUGAUGGCCGGCGGUCUAGAAGGCGACGUCUUCAUCGGCCAGAAAGCCCAAGAGCUGCGCGGACUGCUCAAAAUCCGAUACCCGCUGGAGCACGGGAUCGUGACGGACUGGGACGACAUGGAGAAGAUCUGGCACUACGUGUACGAGAACGAGCUGAAGACGCUCCCCGAGGAGCACCCGGUGCUCCUGACGGAGCCGCCGCUCAACCCGCGCAAGAACCGCGACACCGCCGCCCAGAUCAUGUUCGAGACUUUCAACGUCCCCGCCCUGUACACCUCCAUCCAGGCCGUGCUGUCGCUGUACGCCUCGGGCCGCACCACGGGCGUCGUGCUCGACUCGGGCGAUGGCGUCUCCCACGCGGUGCCUGUCUUCGAGGGCUUCGCUAUCCCCAACAGUAUUCGCCGCAUUGAUGUCGCUGGGCGGGACGUCACGGAGCAGCUGCAGGUGCUGUUGCGGAAGAACGGCCACGUGCUGCACACCAGUGCCGAAAAGGAGGUCGUGCGCCAGAUCAAGGAGAAGGUCUGCUACGUGUCGCUGGAUCCCAAGCGCGAGGAGAAGGACUGGUUCAAUGGCUAUCACAAGUUGGAGUCGCGAUCGGUAGACUACGCGCUACCGGAUGGACACCGCAUUAAGGUCGGCCAAGAACGCUACCGCGCCCCCGAGAUCCUCUUCGAUCCCGAACUCAUCGGCCUCGAAUACCCCGGCGUGCACCAGAUCGUGCAAGACGCGAUCGCCCGCACAGACCUCGACCUGCGGAAGUCACUGUACAUGAACAUCGUACUCUCCGGUGGCUCGACGCUGUGCAAGAACUUCCCCGAUCGACUGAUGCGCGAGAUCAAGCGACUAGCAGUGGAAGACAUGAAGAUCCGGAUCUCCGCGCCAGCGGAGCGGAAAUACACGACGUGGAUUGGUGGUGGGAUCUUGGCGGGCCUGAGCACAUUCCGAAAGAUGUGGGUUAGCGCCGACGAGUGGCACGAAGAUCCGGAGAUCAUCCACCGGAAGUUCGCUUAAACCUCACGACCGUCCAAGCAACCAUGACCUACCCCUAUAGACCCCUAUAGAUUCUAUAGGGACGUCUUCCUGAGCGGCCUUCAAGAGGACGAGCAAAGUCGUGCACGAGUUCGCUUGUUCGAUCCCCCGAGCGAGUACAGUGUACACCUGCGAGAUUGGAGUGGAGUGCUAGCCGCAGGAAACCGGCUAGCUCACUAGAUAAACCGAUCAGAUACCCCUUUUUCUUUCAUCAUUUACUUCUUUCUUCCUUACGCCUUGUCCGUCUCAUUUUCAUUACGCCCACAGCUAGCUGCAUAUCUAGCAGGAGCCCUGCCAUGGGCAGCACAUACCACUAUUUAACAAACAAACAAGCGGAUUCAUAUUGGAGUGUACCUACCUAUUACCUACUGAGCGUUGUUGUUGUCGUUGUCGUGUCGUUGAUUAUGUCGUUGUAUUACCCUCCAGUGAGCAG